AUGGCGUCGAUGGCGAGGCUGCUGGUGACGGCGAUUGCGCUGCUCGCAGCUGUCACGGCGGCUUCCGCGUAUGCUCGGUACACGGACGACUACAAUGAUUACCAAGUGCGUGUAGCUAAGAGGUAUGGACGAGCGUGGAGCAACCAAGCGAAGGCGGAAGAGGCCAGAGUGACACAGCAGCACAAUACAGUCAAGGGGGAGGGAGCUGUGCCGCCCUAUUUGGCAUCAAUGAUCUCCGUGUAUCUCACACGUCAGCCUGCUGCUCUGAGAGAGCUCAUGCCAUCAGCCGUCAACACUUACAUCGCCCUCAUCCAUGUGUAUCUCGCAUGGAGCACCUUGAUUGACAAUCUGACGGCUGAGAUGAACUCGAAGAUGAACAGCAUGAUGCUGCUGCUGCAGGCGGUAAAGCGGGAGGUGGAGGCAGGUAGGCAGGUAUCGCAGAGUGAGCUAAACCAGGGGAGAGAGUUCAACACUGGGCUGGAUGGGGUGGGUGAUUCCAGCAUGGAGGAGAGGCAGGUGCAGGCAGAGGCACAGGAGGAAGAGGGGCAUCCGCCGCAAGGGUUAUCUGAGUCAGGGAGCCGUUUGCUUGAAGAGAUGUUGGAGGAAUGCAGGAUGCAGAUGAGAAAGAUCAUGUAUUUGAGAGAAAUGAGGGUGCUGGUGGAAUUGGAGGAGUUGGAAGAGGUGGAAGCAGGUGAAGCAGGGGUAGCAGCUGAUGCGUGUUCGACAGGUGAGGGGAGUGAGCCUUGGGAUGAGCAGGAAUUGGAGACGUGGAUUCAGUUUUUGGAAAGGGUUUUGAGGGAGAACAGAGGGGUGCAUGAGGAGGGAUCUGAGAGAAUGGUAAGCACAGAUGGUGUUGGUGCAAGGGAUGAUGAGGCAGGGAUGCCUGAUGGGGUGGCUCGGUCAGAGGAGGAAGGAGAUGGGGCUAUGAGGGUGGAUAGGGAAGAGAAGGCUGACACGGGAGGACGUUCGGGUGAUAUCAAGGCUGAUGUUGCUGGUCUCGGGAAUGAGGUGGAGAGGAUGAAGGGUGACGUGGAGAGGUUGAGGAAUGAUGUGGCAGGAAGGGCGAAAGUAGAGGAGGAGAGGGAAAAGGAAGAAGGUCUGACGUGCGCCAGUAGUGAUGUAAGGAAAUGCCUGGACGAGUUGAGGGCUGAGAUGAAGGCAGAGGUGGCUGUGCUGGUGGAGGAUCGCGAGAGGAGGAUUUCAGACAAGUUGGAUGAGUUGAGGCGUGAGGUGGAAGAGGGAAGGGCGGAGGAUAUGAGGAUGUUCCUGGACGAGCUGAGGGCUGAGAUCAAGGCAGAAGUGGCUGUGCUGGUGGAGCAGAGGGAGAGUAGGAUUUUCGGCAAGUUGGAUGAGUUGAGGCGUGAGGUGGAGGAGGGAAGGGCGGAAGAGGCAGGGAGGAUGAGGGAGUUGAGUGAGAAGGCGGAGAAGGGGAAGGCAGAGGUUGCGGGGCGGUUGAGUGAGUUUCAGCAACGUCUGGAUGAGGAGAAGAUAGAUGCAGCCAACCAUGCAGUCAGUGCAUUGGAGGAUCGGGAGAGGAUCGUUGGAUUGAGCACUCGGCUGGAGAGCUUCCAGGAAGAUACCACAAGGAUUGACCAUGAAAUUCAAGCACUGUGGGAAGUACUGUUGGGUUGUGAGUCUGAGAAACUUGCUGUAUUCCUCCAAGUGGCACCUCGUGCGCAAAAGCUUCCUAUGGCCAAGACCAGUUGUGUGACUUGCAUUCACACACUUGACGUGGCAAAUGCAACAGAUGAAGAGGAGGCAUCUACGCUGUCCAUUUUACCGUCCAGGAUCUUAUCGCAUCUCACACAUCUGUCUGCCACCUUUAGUGAGCUCAUCCCUUCGAUCGUCAACACUUACAUCGUGGCUAUCACAGGUUUAGGACAUGAGGCAGCUGCUACAGAUAAGGGGGGAGCAUCUGCACUGUUCAAUCGGCUGUCCAGCAUGUUAUCGUAUCUGAAGCAUCUGCGUGCCGCCCUUGGCGAGCUCAUGCCGUCGGUUGCGAACGCUUACUUUGUGCUCAUCCACGUGUAUCUCGCAUGGAGCACCGUGAUUGUUGCUCUCUGGUCUCUGGGCGUGUCCCAGACACACAUUAGGCACUGCUUGCACCAGCAGCUACAGGUAGCCAAGACCACCUUCCUCAAGCAGAAGGAAACCACUCUUGGUUUUAUGGAACACAUCAUGCGCUGCUUGCAACAGUAUUUACUGGCAGCCAGGUCCGCCCUUUUCAAGCUGAAGAAACGCAACCUUGAUUUCGUAGUCUCUCAAUGCACUGCCAUUUGCCAAGCUGUCAGGAACUGUGUCAUGCAUGCCUUGCUGCCUGCUGAGGAGCUGAAGCGGCUGAAAGGAGAGUUGGAGGCGAAAAAAGCUCUGCGUGAUUUGGAAGAAAAGAAGCAGGAGGAGGACCACAGUGGCAGUAGCAGCCUAAGGAAACGUGGGGAAGUGCUGAGAGCUGAGAUUAGGGCAGGGAUGGCAGUGUUGGCAGAGCAGAGGGAGAAGAUUCUGGUCAAGCUGGAUGAAUUGAGGGGUGAGAUGGAGGAGCGGAGGCGCGAGGUGAAAGAGGGAAGGGCGGAAGUGGCAGGGAGGAUGAAGGAGUUGAGGGAGGAGGUGGAAGCGGGAAAGGCAGAGGUGGCAGGCACGCGUGCAGUUUGUGCGUUGGAUGAUCAGGACAGGGUGGCUGGGUUGACCAGUCGACUGGAAAGCUUCCAAGAAGUUACCGCACGGAUUGAGGGGGAAAUCAAAGCUCUGUGGGAGGCAUUCCACCAUGUGGGGCUGGAAUCUCUUGAUAACCCUGCUGUUGCAUGA